AUGAACUGCAUUGGCCGCUUGGUUUCAGGGGCGCGCAGAUACUGUCGCGACUUGAAUGGCACCAACCUGAGCGGCGCAAACGACGUCAUUGUGGUCGAGCAGGAGAACGGUGACUACCUCAGCACACCGUUCCACACAUGCUUUGGCAAAAUGGGUCUUAUCCGGCCUAAAGAAAACCUAGUGAGCCCAAUUUCUCCUUCAUAUUACCCCUAA